AUGCGGUUGUUUGGGUGGGGUCUUUUCUUCAUCCUGGUCGUGGUAUCUGGUGCGAUGACCAGCGAUUACCAGAGUCCCUGGUGUUGCAAGGACUCCAAUGAUAAUUGUCGUCAGCAUGUCAAGGUUUGCAAUGAGCCGGUAGGUGAAAAAGGGUGGUUUAUCUUUUUCAUCAUACCGUAUUUUGUAUGCAAUUGUAUAAUUUUAGAGCUAUAGAACCCUGCUCGCGGAGGAGUGCCCAUCAACAUGUGGAUUCUGUAAGCCGUAAUACCUCCAAAUAUUCUGUAAAUCUCUCCGAAUAAUUAAAUAACUGCGUGGAUUAAAGUAAUAAAAAAAUCAUGUUUGCUUUUUGUCAAAUUCUUUUUUGUCUGUUGAUUGAUUUAUCAAUUAUGUUUGAGGCGGUUAAGGGCAUAAAAGAGUCAUGCCUAGCUCUACCAGCUUUUUCGCUCACUUCUACGUAUAAGCUUCGCUUUACCGGUCGACAAAAAAAUCAUGCUUGUUCCUUCAGACAGUGGCUAUGCAAGGACCAAUGCGCUGACUGAAAAUUAGCUGAAAGGCAGCUGAAAAGAAUAGGGAGCAACUCGGAAGCCGAGCCCAAACGUGGCAUCGGCGAGCUGCGCAUGUUUUUUUACCCAGCAAGCUUCCAACAAACUUUAAUGUUGCGCUCUCUUGCAGAUUUUGGCACAUAGAGCUUCCUGCCUAUUUCUAACGUAGAGGGCAUGACAUUCUAUAAUUUUGGGGUACAACCGGCAUCCCCAAAUAUUCUCUAUUUUUAAAAUGGACCUUUUUCUGGGUAGAAAUGCCCCUAUUUCAGAAGGCCGCAUUGACCUCAGUUUGCACUUUAAAAUCUUGUUGUUUCACAGACCAAAAUUAAUGCCGCUUAAAAAUGCAUAUUCCAAAAGCGAAGUCCCUGCGCCGCCUCCGCCGGAAGAUAUAGCCUCCGACUUUCCUUCACCUUUUUUUUGUAAGAUCCUGUAUUGCCCGCUAGCCGUAGAAGCAGGAAUCAUGAAAGUUUUGGCAUUAAUCGGCCCGCACACCUCUAGAAAAUUAGCCACAGCAGGAAAAGGCGACUUUUUCCUUAAUUAAACACGUUAUCUUGCAGAAGCAGAUAAAUACGGAAAAUAAAACAUAUGGUGUUUUUCAUCUGUCUCGCAAGAUUUUUAGUUUGGAUAAUAUGAUAAACUUCCAAGAUAACUUCCUCCACUGAUUCAAUGAGCUGAUAAAGAGCAACACAAAUUUCAUGAAAAGUAUUUCGCCGCAGUUGAAAUUAAUUGGAAUUGUUGGGAUAUGUUUUUGGACAUUCAAGGACUCCGCUGUGUUGCCAUAUUUUAUGUUAUCUGUUUCCAUGUGUGGCCGCACCACUUUCCAGCGGGAUAUCUUGGAGUGGACCUGUAAGUUUUUCAGUUUGCAAAAAAGGCAAUAUUUCUUUGGCAUACCGUUUCAGAUUCUUCGUGAUUUCUGGAUUUUUAAUGCACAUGUUGAUGGAUUCGGCCGCUUUUUCGGCCGAGUCGAUUCAAAAUUUUUAUUUCCGAAGGGUCAAACGGAUUGUGCCCACAUAUUUGUUCAUUGUGACAUGCACAACAGCUUGGGCUCUACAUAUCUUUGACUAUCAAUACAUCCAAAAAACUGUGACCGAAUCGCUCACCGCGGCUUUAUUUGCCUCAAACAUCUUCAACCUUCCGAAACACGGCUACUUUGACACGAAUAAUCAGUAUCCUGUUUUUCUGCAUACUUGGUCGUUGUCGGUGGAGCUGCAGUUUUACCUGUUUGUCCCGUUGUUGUAUUUCUUGUGCAAAAAGGCGGACAGUUGGAAGCCACGUGCCGGAACAGCCGUCUUGACGGCAAUUGGAGCGUGCAGCUUUUUGUUGCAAGUGCUCAGCCAAGGUUAGAGUUAACAUACUUUUAGUGCUUGUAAUUUUUUAUUGCGGAAAUCUAUUGGUAUUUUCAUAAAGUGCAUGGAAAUUUUGUCGCGGUCUGCGCUGUGCACAAAAACCCCCAACUCAACUUUUGACUAAAUUCGCCCAGGGGGGAGAAAGGACACAUUUUUGCUCUAAGAAGGGAAAUUUUUACAGAACUGCCAGUUCAGGUAUUUUCGUAUAUUUUACUAGGUAUUUUUAAGAGUUAUCGGUUGAAGUCAGCUAGUUCUGAAGACGAAACCGUCUAUUUGAUCAUAUUGAUUUAUUUUUGACAUCCUAAGUUUGCUUUAGGAUGUCAAAAUAGCCAAUGCUAGCGCAAGAUCUAUAAAAAAUCAAACUGAGAUAAGUGAAAACAGUCCGGUGAAUGAAUUGGUAAUUUGCAAAAAAAGACGCGAAAAAACGUUUUGUCGGGGAAGAAAUGGGGAACUUUCGGGGCGAGAGAGUACGCUUUUGCGUGUCUUUUUUCCCUCUUUCUCUGCGAAAUCAGACGAAGUGUAAAAAACCAAUAGCGAAGAGUCUUUUCCGGUCACCGGACUCCUCAGUUUGAUGUGCGGCAGUGUAUUAAAAACGGUUGUAAAUGCCUAAAAGCACUCCCUAGUGUACCCUUAAAAAGACUCCAGGUUCAAAACUUAAAAAGUUAACUUUGGACUAAAUCCGAAGGGUCUGGACAGACUUGCGCGCUGAAAUGCACCUCCGAUAUAUGAAAAUACUGAUAUCAGUCUAGCGGGAAAAUAAUGAACACAACCGCGCUGCGCCAAUCGCGUUGCUGAAAAGAAGAAUGAUUCGAUUCUGCCUUGACACAAUUCAUUUUCUCGGAGGCAAUGCGAGUUUCGUUGCGACAGAAUGCUCAUUAUUAUCCUUGCAGACUGAUAACAGAAGACCUUUCGUCUUUGUUUGCCACUGAUACAUGAUUUCAUAAAAUUCUAGAUCUAAACGUGGUCCACAUGAACACACUGUGCCGAGUAUGGCAAUUCUGCAUUGGAUUUAUUGUCCAUUACUUCAAGAAGAAGGCUCCGCCACAAUAUUCAAAAAUUUCUUCGGAUAAAAUAGGCGAAAAACACAACUUGUCGGCCUUGUCAAUUCAUUCCCCUUGCUCGGAACACGGCCGCAACGUCAAAACACUCUUCUGCACUCUGCUAAUUAUUUUGUUGCAAAUUCGCGUCUCAAAUUUCGUGUGGAUCCAUCGACUCGCAGCGACGGCCACGGCUGGCGUUUUGCUUGCAACAGACGGAAAAAGUUUUUUGGAGAAUCAAUUGUUCGUAUAUGUUGGCAACAUCUCGUACUCGUUGUAUUUGGUACACUGGCCCGCGUUGGUUUUCUUCAAGUAUACAGCUAACAGUAGCACAAUCUCGAUUCGCGGUAAGGAAUUUAUUUGGCGUAUUGAAUUAGGUAUUAUACUGUAACAGACCUAUUGUAAAUAUCGGUCUGUCGGGAAAAUAAUCGCUUCAAAAACCGGAAUAGUUAAAAUCCAGAAUCUCUAAGCGAAAAUUGGGUUUGCUAAUGAAAAUAAGCGUAAUGUCAAAAAAAAAUUAGGUAUAAGGUUAGACUUGGGCAGACUUUUGUCUCACUGGGCCGGCCCGGGCCGGGCCAAAGUAAAUUUGAAACGGGCUGGGCCAACUGAAAUUUGAAACGAGCCGGGCCGGCCGGAACCCUUCAGGCCGACGGGCCGGGCCGAAAAUCUUGGCUCGCCCGCGUGCCGAAGCGGUCAGGCCUGCCCGGGGCUUUUUUAGAUCUGCUCAGGCCCGAUUGCCACCUCUACUUGGCAUUGCGUUUUAUUUUCAUUAGCAAACCCAAUUUUUGCUUCGAGAUUCAGGAUUGAAACUACAUAUAUAUUCCGGGCCGGGCCGAAACGCCGACCGGCCGAGGGGCUGGAGAUGGUGCGGCGGGCCGGCCGAUCUGAAAUCCUGCCGACGGACCGAAAUUUCGGCCCAGCCCCCGGCCCGGCACGAGCCGGCCCGGUCCGGGCCAUGUCUACGAUUGACUGAUCGGCAAUAUCUUUCUGCUUUUUCAGAUGGAAUCCUCAUUCUUCAAGCAUGCUUUCUGCUAAGUGUUUUGGUAGAAAGCUCCUUUAAAAAAUUAAAUCAAUCAAUAAACUGCAAAGUAAAGCUGUUUCUGCUUAUCGUCGCGUUGUACAUGUGCUUGGCGGCAACUAUUUCCUUCAACAGCAACAUCCAGCAGCCUCAAGUUUCCGCGGCUCUCAAAAACGGGACAGAUAAUAUAACGAAACACGAGGAGUUCCUGAUGAGUCGCCUCUUCGACUAUGAACACAUGGACCAACUCAACAUGACAAACACACAGUUGGCUGAUUAUAAUGGCCGACUCUACGACUUCUGGUAUCAUUUUGCCUAUGGGCAUGCAGUGAAGAACGACGAAACGAAGGCGUUAAAAAUUUCGCACCAGGUUGAGGUAAAUCCAGCUAUCAGUAUGCCGGCAAAAUAACGAACAUUGUGUCGCAUCAAAAAACGCAAAGUUAAUUGCAUUGCGGCAAGACCGAAUUGCUUUCACUUCAGCGCCCAGAUCGGCUCAGCAACAAUGUGCUCAUUGUUUUCCCGACAGACUGAUACUUGAAUUGAUGAUAAAUAUAAACUUUUAGGGAACAGGUGAUCUAGAAGUCCUUUUGAUUGGCAACAGCAUAAGUUUAGACUUGUAUUACGGGUUGUGGCCAAGAUUUCGUAGCCAUUACAAACGCUUGACCCUUGUGUUUACCGUCGCAACAGUUCCUUUCCAGCAAGAUUUUGACGGCGAUCAUUCGAGACAUUUUUUGAACAUUGUCAAGAAUUUUGGCCGUCCCAUAGAUCUUUUGGUUAUUCGAUAUGCGUAAGGGUUUUCCGAAGCAAGUAUGUCCCAAGUGCGACGCCCAUUUUUUCGGCUGUAUUUUUGGUAGGCUGCCCGGCGGAGUUUAGUGGAUGAAACCACGGGCAGCAAUUUGCGCAAAUUGGCAAGGAGAGCAGGCAAGUGCGACGCCACGUUCUUCCUUAAAAUUUCCAUCUGCACAGUCGUCAAAGUCUGAGUGUCACACUUGGGGCAACUUCCCUUGUGAGUGCAUCUUCAAUGGCUUCCAUUGCAGGACGCUUAGAAUCGUCGAUGACAAGAAUUACAUCGAAAAUCAGAUGAGGACCGACAUGCAGUACUUUUUCGAUCAGCUCAGCUUGCUGCCCGUUAAAAAAAUAAUCACGGGGUAUACAGAGUACAAGGCCGACCGCGAUUACACCGUGGAAAUGCUGCAAAAGGCGCAGAGAGCCAACGAGGACACUUCGAAAUUCAAUUUUUCAUACAAGGUAAAGCGAACAUCGACAAAUAAAUAUUUUCUUCAGAAGGCUCGCGAACGCAACUUGCCCCUUGACAAGGUGAUAAGCACGUUGAAAUGCGACAAAUGUAGCAUAUACGAUUUUAGUCGGACCUUCUGCAACAGCAUCACCGACAAAUGCAGUGCUGUUUUAGAGAACGGCGUGAUAAUCUACUGGGACUAUAUGCAUGUUUCCGCGUUCGGCUCGUUUUUUAUGGCCGAUGAUUUUAUCAGCUAUCUCAGGCGAAUAAAUGUGAUCUAG